CCUCCUCAUUUUUCAAACCUAACGGUCUCCUUACCUCUCCGGAUUUUCUUCUGCUCUGCUUGUCUCGUCGUUCCAGGAAGACUAUUCUCUCUGCUAUCAUCUCUUGGUCCCAGUCCAAGCCUCAGCUCCCUCCACCAAUCCGCUCUACCUUUCUCCCUGCUUAUAUCCCCGCCGCCAUUUUCCCGCUGUUCUCUCUCUCUCUCUCUCUCUCUCUCUCUCUCUCUCUCUCUCUUCAUUUUUAGUUUUUAUGUUUGCUCAUGCUUUUCUUCUCGAAAAGAUUUCGAGGAGUUGCCGCCUGGUCUGCAAGCUUCUGGGUCCGAAUGACAUGUAAAUAUUCGAAUCUUGAAUGUGAGGCAGCACAACCAUAAUUUGCUUCAAGCAACAGUACUUAACUUGUCGGUUUGCUUGGGGAGUUACGUUGCAUUUCACUGGAGAAAACUAUGCUAUAUAGCAAUUUCAAAUCUGUUGAUAUCUGUGGCUUGAGUUUGAUCGCGGUGCUGUCAACCAUACAUAUCGUUUGAGUACUAAUAAGUUGUAGUUUGGGGAGAUGCAAGACGCAGAGAAGAUUGCUGCGGCUAGACCUGUGGCUUCUAGACCUUAUAAUUCCAAUCUCAGGUCCUUCUCAGAGCUCCUUGCUGAUGCCAUGAAUGCUUCUCCUGCGACUUCAUUUGCUGAGGCAACGGUCGCCAUCAGGCCAAAGACUCUGAGAUUUAAACCCCCACCAAACGCUGCCCCAGCUGAAGUUUCAUCCCUGGAUAAUAUAUCUGAAUCAGAUGCGUUCAACUUAUCUGAUAAGUCAUCCACUAAGAUUUCAAAAGCAGAUUAUAAGACAAGGGUCUUAUGCAAACCUGCAGCAAGAGUUGUUUCGAGGACCACCGCUUCUCGCUUGGCAAAUCUGGGAAACUUUGAUGCCAGUCAUAAAAAAACAGCCAUGGGUGUGGAAGCCCCAGUUCAUGUUCUGGAGCAAGAAAAACACCAAUUCCAGUACAAGCCUACUCUCAACUGUCAACAGAAUUCAUCUCCACCCAUGGCUAAGAACCAAUUUUACGAGCCUUCAAAUUCUGUGCCUCCGAACACACAACAGGAUCCAAGAACUCAACAACCAGCAGCCGGUGGAGAUCGACCUUCUUUCGAUGGUUAUAACUGGAGAAAGUAUGGGCAAAAGCAAGUGAAAGGAAGCGAAUGCCCACGAAGUUACUACAAAUGUACGCAUCCAAAUUGUCCUGUAAAGAAGAAGGUUGAGAGAUCGCUCGACGGCCAAAUAGUUGAAAUUGUCUACAAGGGCGAACACAAUCAUCCUAAGCCUCAGCCCCCCAAGCGACUCUCAUCGGGGUCGCAAGGCCAAACCGUUGUUUCCGAAGGCCAUGGGAGAGAGAGCGGCAAUCCAUUGUGGAAACGCCAUCUUGUUGGGGGGAAUGUAUCUGAUGGACAAGUUGAGAACGGCAACGAAAUAAGUCUUCCAGACACAACCUCUCGUCUUGGGCUGGCUCAUUUUUCUCACGACCUACCUUUAGCUACAUCAUACAAUAGCGUUGCCAAGAAUCCUGACACCAUUGGUGGACUUAGUGGGGCCUCCGAGGUUGGAAACGCCACAGCAAGCUUAGAUAAUGACAAGCCAAAUUAUAAGAGAAGGAAGAAUGAGGAUCAAGUUGGUGGAGCAGGUACCAUAACGGAAGGUGUUGCAGAGCCUCAUUCUGCGACGCAGACUUCAGUAGAAUCAGAUGUCUCAGGAGAUGGAUUUCAUUGGCGAAAAUAUGGACAGAAAGUAGUGAAGGGAAAUUUAUAUCCGAGAAGUUACUACAGAUGCACCACUCCCAACUGUAACGUGCGCAAGUAUGUUGAGAAGGCAUCAGAUGAUUCAGGAUCUUUCGUCACAACAUAUGAGGGAAAACACAAUCACACGAUGCCAGCUAAAAAGACGAACCUAGCUGCUUCUGACCCUGAUGCAGUAGGCCUAAACAACUCCAGAAUCAAGCAAUCUCCAACCUGGAAACGAAUUUGAUGGUCAAAGAGUUUUAGUUAUGUUCCGAGAGGCUCCGCAUGGUCGCAGCAUUGGUGCUCAUGGUUAUCUUGAUCUUUAUUUUUCUAUAGUAUUCGGUACAGCUGAUGGAGACCACUUGGUAGAUUCAUGUUACUGAAGCUUAUAAUACUCUGAAGUUCUUUCAUUCAGAAAUGCUAUGAAUCUCAUCAAGGGUUUGCCUUUUAUUUCUCAUGAAAAUUGUAUUUUAAUGGCUAUUCAAAAGGCUCUGCCUUUUCAACUAAUGGCUUGUAGUACUCCCAAAGUUUGAAUGUCCAUUAAGAAUUGAUCCACAAAUGUAUCCAAAGUUUUGCCUUCUC